GAUCAUCCACUUGAAGAGAUUCGUGGCCGAAUCUUCCAGUAUUGAGAAGGACAAUACCUUCGUGCGAUUUCCCUUCGAGCUGGACUUAUCGCAGUGGCUGCCAGGUCCUCCAGCCAAAGGAGAACAAUACAGGCUUUACGCUGUUGUGAACCACUCCGGCAGCCUCUCCUACGGACACUACACUGCGUACUGCAAAGUGGGUGAAGGCGCCGACCGGAAAUGGUACCUCUUCAAUGAUGCUCGAGUCACUCCAGCAAGUGAGUCGGACGUCGUGUCACAGGAGGCGUAUCUCCUCUUUUACGAGCGCUUGUAG